AUGCAUUAUCUAAAGAUAUCUCUAUUUGUACCACUAUUGAUAUUGGCCAAUACAAUCGACAGUGCAAACUGGGAUUAUGGCAAGCAUGGACCUAAUGUUUGGAUGGAAAUGUUUCCAGCGUGUGGUGGAAAAAAACAAUCACCAAUUAAUAUUCGAACAAGAUGUACCGUUUAUCAAGGUUUUGAACCAUUUAACUUUACAUCUAUCCAUUACGAACAAAUCAAGUUCAAACUCACAAAUAAUGGACAUACAAUAAUAGCAGCACCGAAUAGUCCAACAAAAAUAUCAUUAACUGGUGGAAAAUUGCAGGGCACAUAUAAUUUUCAAAGUUUUCAUAUUCAUUGGGGGCCAAAUCACAAUACUGGGAGCGAACAUCAGGUGUAAGUAUUUGAAUUGAAAGUGAAUUUGAACUAGUAAAGAGUAGCAGAAAGAAGUUCAAAAAAAUUCUAAGGAAUCGAUCUCGUGUUCUUGAUUGAUUAAUUUCUAGUUUCUACUUUAAUCAGCGCAUAGGGCCCAUUGAUUCUUAAAGUAUUACAACUGCAUCUUUGUUUCUAAACAUUUUCAAUAAUCAAUCAGGAUUCCUUUCGAACGACAAUAAUUCGAUUGUACUAUUGCGAUGGAUCUGCUAAAGGACUCACAUGAUUUUUACUGUUGCUCAAUCGUAAUUUUGAUCCUAAGAAAAUGAAAAUAUUUUGUGAUGAUUGUUAUCGGUGUAAAUUAUGCACUUUUCGUAUCUGCUGAUAUUCUGUGAAUACAAUUAAUGAAU